AUGGGUAAAAAAGACAAAAAAACCGCCAAAGGACGUUUGGACAAGUAUUACCACUUGGCCAAAGAACAAGGAUAUCGUUCCCGUUCUGCCUUUAAGCUUAUUCAAUUAAACAAAAAAUACAGUUUUUUAGAAAAGUCACGAUGCUUGGUAGAUUUAUGUGCUGCGCCCGGGGGUAUUGAUCUCGUACCUAUUAAACCGAUUCCAAGUAUUAUAACUUUCCAAGAAGAUAUCACUACUGACAAAUGUCGUUCUAUAAUUCGAAAUGAGCUAAAAACUUGGAAAGCUGAUUUUCUUGCUCCAAAGAAAAUUGAUCCAAAAUUUCUUGAUCCUCGGGCGGUUUUCCAGGAAGUUGAGAUCGGACCUACAAAUAAAUCCAUUGAUGUUUUGAAUCCAGGAAAAAGAAAACGAUUCAGAGAAGGUUACGAAGAUGGGAAUUAUACGUUAUAUAAAGAGAUUUCGGUUUUAGACUUCAUUAAUUCAGAUGAUCCGAUUCGAAUUCUUGGCGAUGUUAAUAAAUUAAAAUUUGAUGAGAAAGCAAAAGAGUUAUUGAACGAUGAAUCUACAACUGAAGAAAUAAAAUUAUGUUGUGAUGACUUAAAAGUUUUGGGCAAAAAAGAAUUUAAAAAUCUUUUGAAGUGGCGAAAUACGGUUAAAGAAAAGCUUGAUGAGCUUACCAAAGAAAAGCAAGCUCGACAAAAACGACUUCGUCGAAAAGCCAAUGAAAAGCGACAGAAAAAUAUUGUUCGAAUGCAACUAAAGAUGAUUUCCCCUACUGAUAUCGCAUUAGAGAGUUCAGGGCCUGAUGGGAAUAUGGACAUUGUUCUUGAUCAAGACAAUGAUAAUGAUGACAUUGUGAUUGAAGAUCAAAAUUUGUUAAAAGAUCAUUAUAAAGUUUCGGAAAAUUAUGAUGAGGCUAGUGAUGACAUUCAAUUGGAAAAGGAAUUAGAUGAGCUAGCAGAACGUGACGCAAAAUAUAAAGUGAAGAAAACACGAAAGGAAUAUGAAGAUUGGAAUGAUAUUCAAAAGUCUGAAAGCAGUGAUGACAAUGAUGAUAUAACCAUGGAUUCUGUGCAUUCACAAGAUGACAGUUAUUCAUCAUCUAGUGAUAAUGAUUCUGAAUUAGAAAAUGAGUCAUUUAAUGAACUGAAAAGUGAACCAGCUAAAAAAAAGAAAAAAUUAUUAACAGAUUUGAGCGACGACGAUAGUAAAGUUCAAAUGGUUGGCGGUUUGAGUAAGAAGACUACACUUUUCUUUGAUAAUCCGUUAUUUAAAGAUGUAUUGGAAAACUAUGAUAAUGAGAACCAUAAGAGUAAAGCUGAUGAUGUUAGUAAUCAUGGAGUAUCAGGUGAAAUAGUUCCUCAAGACAAAGGUAACGAUAAAGAAAUGUUGGAUGCCAAUGAAAUUGUCGAUGAUGAAACAAGAACGAAGAGAGCAAAAGCGCAACAGCUUGUAAAUCGACAAAAAACAAAACAUGAUCUCAUAGAUGAAGGCUUCCGUCGAUACACGUAUAAUGAUAGGGAAGGAUUACCUGAAUGGUUUCUAGAUGACGAAAAGCAACACAACAAAUUGAAUGUGCCAGUGACUAAAGAGGCUGUGCAGGCAAUCAGAGAGCGAAUGAAAGCUUUAAAUGCCCGGCCAAUUAAAAAAGUUGCAGAAGCUAAAGCUCGGAAAAAGAUAAGGGCUAUGAAAAAACUUGCUAAACUCCAAAAGAAAACUGAUGCUAUAAUCGAUUCUUCUGACAUGACUGAGAAAGAAAAAGUUAAUACAAUUUCAAAAAUGCUGAGUAAGACGCAAAAUAAGACCAAAAAAGAAGUGAAGCUGGUUGUUGCUAAAGGUCCUACUAAAGGUAAAAAAGGCCGUCCAAAGGGUGUUAAAGGAAGAUACAAGGUAAUUCAGUCUUUUGUAUGA